UAAAAAAAAAAAAAAAAAGUGCUCGCAAUUUGCAAAACAUCGCGAUGUUUCAUUCACCCUAGAAUGUCAAAAUGGCCUGCCGUUGCAUAGUAAUUAGGAGGAAUCUUAUAAUGGCUAGUGAUGUUGACUUUUUCAAAGUGAUGAUCGCGACAGUGGUCAGAAACGUGUAACACUCAUUCCACGUGUGUAACGUCAGGUGGAAGCUGUCUGUUGUGACAGGAAUACAUCCUUUCAUUCUAAGGAAAUAAGAAUACAGCAACAGUCAUCCAUAACUGCGUUCUUACUGGCGAACUAAUUGAACCAAUUCUGUAUUGUGUGUUUUUUUUUUAACCAGAAGGGCGAGUUCCUUCAAAAGAGCAAGUCUAUCAUUAAUGAAUACCCAUGAAGUAGCUCUUUAAAUUGAACUUUACUGAUACAGAAGUGGCUGCUGUUCUAGUUGGUCAUUAGUUUCUUAAAACUUUUGUGACUAGCAAACAUGACUAAAACUGAAGUGAAAAAUGGUGGAUCUCCAGUAGGAGCUUCAAUAGGAGAUCAGAGUAAUGGUUGCACAAAUUUAGUAGACGGCUAUGUGCCAGAGCCUGAAAUCGAUGAUGAAAUGUCUCUGCAGAAGGAGGAUGGUUGUAGGAGGACUACGGAGUCUGUAGUGUUUGAUGAUGGAACAAAUACAUUUUUUUGGAGAGCUCACACAUUAACUGUCCUAUUUAUUCUUACCUGUGCUCUUGGGUAUGUAAGUCUGUUUGAAGAAAUCCCUCAAGAUACUGCUUAUAACACUAAAAGGGGUAUCAUUGCAAGCAUCUUGGUGUUCUUGUGUUUUGGUGUUACCCAGGCUAAAGAUGGACCAUUUUCCAGACCUCACCCAGCCUACUGGAGGUUUUGGUUGUGUGUCAGCGUAGUGUAUGAGCUGGGCCUCAUUUUUAUUCUUUUUCAGACUGUGCAUGAUGGGAGAAUGUUUAUGAAAUUCAUUGAUGCAAAUUUAGGUGUUCCUUUGCCAGAGAGAGAUUAUGGAGGAAAUUGCCUUCUGUAUGAUCCAGACAACAAGACAGAUCCAUUUCAUAAUCUCUGGGACAAAUUGGAUGGGUUCGUGCCUGCUCAUUUUAUUGGCUGGUUCAUUAAGACAUUAAUGAUACGAGAUUGGUGGAUGUGUAUGAUCAUCAGUGUGAUGUUUGAAUUCCUUGAAUACAGUCUGGAACAUCAACUGCCGAACUUCAGUGAAUGCUGGUGGGAUCAUUGGAUAAUGGAUGUAGUACUGUGCAAUGGACUGGGUAUCUAUUGUGGCAUGAAGACUCUGGAGUGGCUUUCCAUAAAACCGUAUCAUUGGCAGGGGCUCUGGAAUAUCCCUACGUACAAAGGCAAAAUCAAGCGAAUUGCAUUCCAGUUUACACCGUACAGCUGGGCUAAAUUUGAAUGGAAGCCUGCAUCAAGUCUACACAGAUGGCUAGCCGUAUGUGGGAUUAUGUUUGUGUUUUUACUGGCUGAGUUGAACACGUUUUACUUGAAGUUUGUGUUGUGGAUGCCUCCAGAGCACUAUUUAGUCCUUUUACGUCUGGUAUUCUUUGUUAAUGUUGGCGGUGUGGCUAUGAGAGAAGUCUACGACUUUAUGGAUGAUCUGCAUUUCCAUAAGAAACUUGGUCAGCAAGCCUGGAUGGUUGCUGCAAUCACAGUGACAGAGUUUCUGAUAGUUGUGAAAUAUGAUCCAUACACUAUUACUCUACCUCUUCCAUUUCAUGUUACUCAGUGCUGGAUUCUAGGAUUGGUUCUUGUCCUAGCCUGGACAGUAUGGCGCUUCUUUAUUCGGGACAUAACACUACGUUACAAGGAGAUUAGAAAACGUAAACAAGAAUGCCGAUCGAAAGGAGCAAUUGUUCCAAAUAAUGAUGACUCUCAGUCAUCGUCUGACAGAUGGAAAGAACAGAACAUAAGACUAAGAAAAUCAUGAGUUUUUGAAUAGAUGAAUGAGAUAAUAGGUCAUGCUACAGUUCAUUCCAAACGAAUCAGGGCAUUCCAUUGGCUUGGACUGUUGACCUUGGCUGCUACUAAUUACUAAUUUCAGGUUAUGCCCUGCAACUGACAGACAGCAGUUUGCUUAGCACUACAGUAUAGAUCUUUCAUGUUCAUGCCCUAAACCUCGAAUGUUAACAAAAAUUGUGAUGCCUAACGGCACUACUUUUUUAUUAUUAUUAUUUUUUUAUUUAAAUUAACUCUUUAUUCCAAUUGUUUUUUUAAGCUGCCUAUGUCAAGACAAAUAAGGUGUUCUGGUUGACCAAAUGGUGCUGUGAGCCUUAAGCAUACUGAACUUUUAUGACAUUUUCCCUACAUCUCAUUUGUUUUGUACAUAUUCUGUUAUGCAUAAACCAGGGAAUAGUUAAGCUUUUCAGCUACUUGAACAAAAAAAAAAAAAGUUGCCAUCUGUAAAAUGUUAUCCAUAUCAUUUCAUGGAUAAAUCCUGGGAGAGUCAGGUUUUAGCUUAUUGAAUGAAAAGCUUGUUAGCAUUUAUAAAAGUCAUACGGUUUACAUUCCCAUACAUAAUUUUCAAAUAAUUCCUUAAUGCUUUACAUAUAUUUUUGAGGCAAUGACAACAUUGUUGGAAAUACCCAGACGUGAGGCUUGUUCUUAAACUGGAGUCCUUGUUGCGUCUCUGAUGUGCAGUGUUUUUAAUGAAUUAAUAUGUGCUUUGUAAUCAUUUUACCCUAUAAAAGCCUCAUGAUUAAAGUUUCUGGUUCCUUAUAAGCCAAGCCUAGUAAUAACAAAUCAUAUUUCUAACUAUUGAAAUGUUGCAGGAAAAUUGUUCAGUUUGUCUAUGCACUUUGUACUUAAAGGUCUAUAGUCUUUGUUUUCUUCUGUAUUUAUAUUUUCUGGAAAGGGAAGUUAUGUUUACUUAUGUACAAGUCUAUAGGUUUAUCAAAAUUGUCACUGUAGGUCAAAUGGAAAUGGUUUGUAUAGUAAAUAAGACCACUUUAAAAUUUAGAAAAUAUGCUGCUGACACCCUUAGAUAUUUAACAUAAUUUGAUGGAGAGCUCCUAUAUUCAUUACAAUUAUUUUUCAAUGUA